AUUUUAGCAUCUCUGGACAGAAGUCCGAAAGGGUCGAUUGACGCGCCGAUAGUGGACUUUCUCGCGUGGCUCAACGCGCAAGAUCCUGUUGUGACGACUUCCUCAUGCAGCGGUCGCAUCGCGGUCUUUCUCGGGGCCUCCACGCCCUCGAGCUCCAAGGGCGGCGAGUGGCUCCUGAUCAGCCACGAGCCCCUGGAGGAUGCCGCGGGCGCGUGGGACCGCAUUUCGGCGUCGCUGAGGGGGAGCGGCGCGGGUGCAGGCACCUUGGCCACCUUCCUUCUGGAGCCCUUCCUGCUGCACGCCGAGUGCGCGGACUCCGCGACGGCGCAGCGGAUCCUGGAGGUGGCCCGCGCUGCCGGGCUUCGGGAGAGCGGCCUGAGCCUGGGGCGCCGCCGCGUGAUGGUGCAGCUGCGCACGUUGGCGAUGCGGCUCGAGGUCCCGCUGGCGGUGGAUGGCCGGCUGCUGGUGGACUUCGGGUAUCCGGCAGCUGGCGCGCAUGGCCAACGAGCGGCUGGCAGAGAACUCGGCGCGCGUCAGCCGGCUCUGGGAUCAGCUCCGCCCCGCCCUGGCAGCCUCCCAGCCGCAGCGCGAGGACAGGGUGGGCCCGGCGGACUCUCGUGCCCGCGUGGCCUGGCGAGGGCCGUCAAGCUGGCAGUGGAGGGGCGAUGGGCGGACAAGUCGCGCAAGAUGGUGGUCCUCGCAGGCGACGAACCAGGGGACGCGUCCUCCAGGAUGGGCAUUCCCAUCACGCACGCGGCCAUGGUUAGCCUCCAGGAGAUCCGUCCAGCCGACGGCGACGGUGCUGGCGACGGUGCGCGUCCAGGCGCAGAGGAGCUGGAGGCGGCGUGCGCCGCCUGCCGGCAGCCGCCGGCAGAGGGCGCCGCGGGCGGCAAGAAGGCGAGGGCGGAGACGGUCGCCGCCGACCUCGAACUUGGCAUGCCGCUGGUGGCGGCUCGGCUGGGCGCUGCCAGCAGGUCUAUCCAUCACGUGUCGGCCCUCGGGGACCUUUCCAUUCGCCGAGGUCACGAGUUUCGUGAAUGGGGUCCGGUCCUAGUUCUUGCCGAGCUCUUUCGGUGCUACCGCAAGGUGCCUGACAGGACGUACUGGGAUUUCCGCAUGGCCAUCUUCACUUGA